CUCUGUAAAUAUUCAGUAUUAGUAAGCAGCCUGGGAUACACUGUCACCACUUUUCACGACAUCUCCUUAUGGUGUCAAUUUAAAUAACUAGUGAUAGCGUUCAUAUCAGUAACACAAGUGUCCUAAGUGACGAUAGCAGACCGGGUGAUACACACGUACGAUAUGUUUACACUGCUUGGAUAGGCUACAUACGGGCAUUAUACAUAGGAAAAAGGACCUGUGUCACGCCGGGGCGCGCGCACACGCUAACAUUCAAACCGGAGUAUGGUGGAGACGUGAUCCGGACGAGUCUAGCUUUACUCGGAUGUCGUUCAUGAUCAUAAAACAAUGGAAGUGUGAUUUAUUCGUGAUUUGAAGCGUAUUAUCAGCUUAACACAUUAACGUAAAGAGUCGGGAAGUCUGAAAGAAAUUUUACACAACAUGGAAACCCACAAAGCACUCGGGAUAUAAUUUUGACACACGUGUAUGGAGAAGUGGUUAUCGACGAAAGGGAGUGUUAAUAUUUACCUUGUUUGGAAAUACACAAGUUUGUAAACAAAUACGAAAAGCCGGGGGAAGGUGCUAAACGCUGUUGGUUUAUGUGAAAUUCAGCAAAAAAAUAAUCCAUGUGGGAUAUUGUCGAAAAUAUUGUUCGUUACUCAAUGACGGUAAGGUACUCAAUUUCUUACGAUAUAUUAUCUUCUUGAAGUCGUGACUCAUUGUAAAAACAUAGAACAGAUACAAGAACAGUUUAUAGAAUUAAUCAGAGCCAAGGAUAAGGUUAAUCAGUAUUGAUUUAAAUUAAUGACACGUUCUUUUAAAAUUUGAUGGCUAAUUUGCAUAACGUCUCGUGCUUUUGAUUGACAGGCCUUUUCAGUGAUAUAGACAUGUGUUAAAUACAUACAUUAGUCGAGGACGAUAAUCAUACUGAUAUUGAACAGAUCGGACAGAUCAUUACUGUAUGAACACGGAAGAAGUGACUGUAUUAGUAAACUCGAUAUUGUGUUCUAGCGUUAAAUACAGGAAGAAAUGGAAAAAUGCAAGUGAAUUGAUUCUUUCAAUGGGAAUUCGUAUGAACCCCAUAUCUGAUUUGCUGGUAUUUGAACAUAGUGAUACCUAAACCCAUCUAAUAUUGAUGUAUUAUUUUUGAUACAAAUUUCCGAUAUUCUAGGUUUUAGACGUUAUGAUCUAUUUCAAGUAAACACUCCUUCAAUCUGUUUGAAUAACACAUUUUUUUAUUAUAUUUGUUUUUAUAUAUUUUGUUUCACAACUAAUGCGUCCAGAUUUUUAAAAUUCUCCUUUUUUAGUUUUUGAUAUUACACUUGUAGCUGUAACAUUACUAGCACGUUCCUGAACCUAUUCCCAUAGGAGUGGGUCUCCACAAUAUUGAAUUAUGCCAGUGUCGCACUUAAACCAGCAAAAUUCGCUUUCAUUUUGCUAGGUAUAAUAAAACUUGUAUCUGAUCAAGCUUACUACCUCAACUGGUGAAAUAAACAGUAGGGCGAUUGGAAAGACGUAAUUGAGCUCAAUCUAUUUCAUUACCCUACAUUAUUUUUUGUUGAUUUGGACGACCGAACUUUGGGUUCCUUUUAUCCACGUGGUAUUUUUUUCAUGACGUAACAAUCUCUAAUUUUGUUGAUAUUUCAACGACGACUGAACGGAUACCAUUAAGGUUAUUUUACUAUCAAUACCUCAAAUAGUUUUAACAGAAAGCAGUUUUACUGCAUAGCCGAAUUAAUAUACAUGCGUUAAGCGAGGACCAUUAAACAGAUGUAAAACAUGAUGAGUCCGAUUAAGUUUACUUAGCAUACAACUAGCAAUGUGUUGGUAAGUGACUGAUAUAUUCCUCUUUGCCGCCAUACCGUAAGGGAACCAGUGGCGUUGGUCGUUCUCCUCACUCUCGGCUGCGAAUACCUGCGAUUGUGAUACUGGAUAUUCUGUGAUCCUUUCUGGAGUCGGAUUCGAUAGAGGAAAAUGUGUGUGAAAAUGUUAUAAAAAAUGUCAAUCAAAUGAGUUUCAUGAUAUAAAAUUGUGAAUGGUUACGGAGGAGGAAUAUUGAAGCGGAAAUAGUUCGUUGCUGGAAUUAUUGCGUGAUUUGUCACGUGCAUUAGCAAGUAUCAUGGUGCCGUCUGUAGAAUUCUGGUCACUUCCGGUGAUGUUACAAAUGAUCGUGGUCAUAAUAGCGCUUCUUCCCAAAAUAGAACUCAGUCAAAUUGAUGUGAAAAUUGCGCUAAUGGUGCCAGAGAACCAUUCGUAUUUCUCUCGCAUGAUGGUCGAGCCCGCAAUAGAGGAGGCGAUUGUAGAGGUCAGAAAAAGAGAGUUACUUCCCUUCCAUAGAUUAAACGUAACAAAAUACAAUACUCAAUGCGACUCAGUUCGGGCCCCUGUAGCCGCCUUCCGGUUCAUGGACGACGGUGGACAUGCAUUCUUCGGCCCCGUCUGUGAUUAUAGUCUUGCCGCAGUGGCUAGGUACGCUCCCGAAUGGGGACUUCCGGUUAUCUCCCCUGGGGGUCUUGCGCAAGAUUUUUUAGACAAAAAAAACGAAUACAAAACUUUAACGCGUAUGGGAAUGGCAUUUGACUCCAUGACACGAUUCCUUCUUGCCGCCAUUGCUCAUUACCGGUGGCCGAAAAUGAAACUUCUAUACGACCCAUAUGGUCAAAGCGCAAUUUCGGACAGAUUCUGCUUCUUAGCCGGAUCAGCAAUUAUUAAGGAAAUUCAAACCGAAAGGACGGAUAUCAAAGGAGAUUACACGCUGCUAACAACAGAUCCGUCUACGUACGGAAAAGUUCUUCGGGAGGACGUCGGAGCCAAGUAUUCAAUUGUGGUCCUUUGUGCGUCCGCUGACUCUGUCCGUGAUAUUAUGAUCAAAGCCCAUGAACUCAACUUCGACAACGGCGAAUACGUCUUCCUAAAUAUCGAUUUAUUUAGCAGUAAAAACGAAAGUGAAAAACCAUGGUACCGAGAAGACGAUACAGCGGAAAGGAACGAAAAGGCCCGAAAGGCUUACGAAGCUUUGAUGACCGUCACUCUCCGGAAGCCGACAUCUCCCGAGUACAAACAUUUCUCGGAGGAGGUCAAAAAACGGGCAGAAUCAAAAGACAGGAAUUUCACCUAUGGAGAAGAAGAGGUAAACAGUUUCGUUGGUGCCUUUCAUGACGCCGUCAUACUUUAUGCUAUCGCGCUCAACGAGACUUUGACGAGAAAUCUCUCCAUCACCAAUGGUACAGAAAUCACCAAGCUUAUGUGGAACCGGACAUUUGACGGAAUUUCGGGGAUCACGGGAACCGUCAGUAUAGAUGACAAUGGGGACAGAAAUGCCGACUAUUCUCUACUGGACAUGAACCCGAAAAACGGAAAGUUUGAGGUGGUGGCCAAUUAUUAUGGAAACAAUAAAGAAUAUAAACCGGAACCAGACAAGAAAAUUUACUGGGCAGGUGGGCGGAACUCACCACCACCGGACACGCCCACUUGUGGGUUUGACGGAUCAAAGUGUCCUCCCAGUGAGCCAUUCCCGGAGUACGGGAUAGUGAUUAUUGUACUGGGGUCACUAUUGGUCAUCGUCCUGGUCACCGCCUUCUUCAUAUACAGACAUAUCAAGCUUGAGGCCGAGCUGGCGGAGAUGAACUGGCGGGUACGAUGGGAAGACAUCAUGUUUGGUUCCAUGGAAAACGAUAAGAAGCUUAAAAGACAGGGGAGCAGUGUGAGCCUAAACAGGAAAAUGUCCUUAGCCAGCAGCACCUGUUCCGUAGAUACCAUAGCGGUCCAUCUCAGUGACGUGGGUCAGCGGCAGCUCUUCACAAAAACGGGCUACUAUAAGGGCGCGAUUAUGGCCAUCAAAAGCAUCCAUAAAACAAGCCUUACUGUCAACAAGCCACUGCUUAUAGAGGUCAAGCGGAUAAAAGACCUACAGAAUGACCAUAUUGUACGUUUCAUAGGCGCCUGUAUAGACCCACCAAACAUGUGUAUCCUCACAGAAUAUUGUCAGAAGGGUAGCUUACAGGAUGUUUUAGAAAACGAACAAAUCAAACUGGACUGGAUGUUCAGAUACUCACUGAUGCAAGACAUAUUGAGGGGAAUGACGUACCUAUUUAACAGUGAUAUCCGUAGCCAUGGAAACAUGAAGAGUACAAACUGUGUGGUUGAUGGCCGUUUCGUGUUGAAGAUCACAGACUUUGGACUUCACGCUCUCAGAGGUCCCCCUGAUGAUGUGGAGGAAGGCAUGUACGCCUUCUACAGAACACAACUUUGGACGGCACCCGAGCUACUACGCAUGCACUACCGACCUCCAGAGGGGACCCAGAAAGGAGACGUAUACAGCUUCGCCAUUAUUUGUCAGGAGAUUGUAUACCGCUCAGGCGUCUUCUAUUUAGCCAACCUUGACCUCAGCCCAGAAGAACGUAUAUUGGAUAAAAAGGAGCAACGUCUUAGCGUUGCAAGAAAAAUACACCAGAAGGUGAAGAAUGGUUUAAAGCCUUAUUUCCGACCCACGCUGGAAGAGGCAGACUGUCCGUGUGACGAGCUUGCUGAAGUGAUCCGAAAGUGUUGGUCUGAAGAUCCCAUGGAGAGGCCAGACUUUCAGGCCCUCAAGUCUACCAUCCGGAAACUCAACAAGGAUGGAGACAAGGGAAACAUCCUUGACAAUCUGUUAUCUCGAAUGGAGCAGUACGCUAACAACCUCGAGGCUUUGGUGGAGGAGAGAACCUCGGAUUACUUAGAACAGAAGAAAAAGGCCGAGGAUCUCCUGUACAUGAUGUUACCCAAGUCAGUAGCCUGCAACCUGAUGCGGGGGGAGAUCUGUCAUGCUGAGACGUAUAACUGCGUGACGAUUUACUUCAGCGACAUCUGUGGGUUUACGGCCAUGUCAUCGGAAUCCACGCCGAUGCAGGUUGUACAAUUGCUGAAUGACCUGUACACAGCGUUCGACUCAGUUAUAGAAAAUUUUGAUGUAUACAAGGUUGAAACAAUAGGAGAUGCAUAUAUGGUAGUAUCGGGUUUGCCCAUGCGAAAUGGAAACUUACACGCUCGUGAGAUAGCCCGGAUGUCCAUAUCGUUACUGAAUGCUACGAUGUCUUUCAAAAUUCGUCACCGACCAAACGAACAGCUCAAACUGCGUAUCGGUAUUCAUACGGGUCCAGUUGUAGCUGGGGUUGUUGGCCUCAAGAUGCCUCGAUAUUGCCUGUUUGGAGACACAGUCAAUACAACGUCUCGUAUGGAAUCUAACGGGCUGCCUUUGAGGAUCCACGUGAGUCCGUGUACUAAGGAGGUACUUGAUACGUUCACUACGUUUGAUUUGGAACUACGUGGCCCUGUUGAGAUGAAGGGCAAAGGAACUGUGAUCACGUACUGGCUCAAAGGAGAACGGGUCGCACCUAGCCAAGACAAGGAGAGCAUAAUUUAAAUCCACCAAUGACAACACAUAUAGCAGAGCAGUAAACCAAUCGAAACACUUGUUAUGUAUGUGUUUCGAAAUAAGCUCUAUAAUGUUGUGAUAUACAGGUUGACCCGCACUUUUUCGAUGACAAAAAUGUCACCAGAUGCUGAUUUCCGACGGCAUGCUUCAACCAAUGGAAAUACAUAUCCAAACGCACAUCAGCCAAUAAGGGGCCACGGCUCAUAAUUUGAUGGGCAGAAAUAUACACUACAUAACAUCUAAUAAUAGAAACGGGUGUUCACACGGUAAAUAUUGUGACGGAUAAAUAAGGGGUGUAUAUAAUAUAUGUCGAUUUGGUGUUACAUUGUAAACACCAGUAAGGUAUACAUAUUACCGUGUCAUUCUUAGAUUGCAAUAGCCAGUGUAGUUACAAAAAUGUGUACCUCCCCAACAGAAGUGUGUCCCGUAUAAAAGGUUAUUUUUAAUGGCCUUCCAAUAUAUAAAACUAUUAAUGGUUGCUGUUUUGUUGGAAACGUAUUUACAAUUCAACACGUCGUUUGUUUAUUGACACCAUAUCUACAGGAUACGUUUUCCAAUGGAAUGUCAUACUCCCAAUUGCUUUUUUGACGUAAUGUAAACUAUAUAUAUUUGAGAAAGGUUUUUAUGAAAUGUAGAUUUAGUAAAACCUAGCAAAACUGUUAACAUGCAAUGACCUGAAUGAUAACAUUGUAUGUAAAAAUGAAAAAAUAGGUCAACUAGAAACUCUGAUCCAUUCUACCAAUGGAAACGUGUGUCUCACAUAAAUGACUAUUGGGAUUACGUAUCUCAUGACAAUGACCAAGUGGAACAUGUAUCGAAAGGAAAGCUCUGUAUUAAACAUAUAUAUAUAUGUGUGUUAGACAAAAAACAAUGUCGUAUACAGAUACAUCUUUUCCUAAAAUCAAAAUAUACACUUAACGAAUACGUGUAUGUGGAAAGAAAACAUGUAUGUGGAAAGAUCUAGAGGAAUCCCCGUCUUUCGAGGGUGCAGUGUACUUGCAAAAUAUGUCUGUUAUGUUAAAGGUUGAUUUAUUAACAACUGAAACACGGCAUAGAACAUGUAUGUCAUAGUGGACACGAAUCGGGAAUCAUUGGAGGACGGCUGAGGACAAUUGUGCAGCGUCAGACUCCAAGGUGAAAUAAUUGAACGAUUGAUGUAAGGAAUAUUACUCUUCAAGCGAGUAUUCAAAUAAGAGUUAAAUUGAACGACUUUGGACAGGAUUUUAGCCAGGAGCAUGGACGUUUUAAUUGAGUUAAACCAUAUGGAUAACAAUUGGGUUAGAAAUGGUAAUGUGUAAGUUGAACUGAACGAGGAAGGAAGGAUUUGAGCCAGGAAUUUUAACGUUUAGAUGGAAUGGAACUAUUAGAGAUAGUAGCGUUAUGGUCAAUUUCAAGAAUAGAUAUCAAUUCUAAUUCGAAUGUGACGGACAGUUAUUUUGAUUCCAUUAAUGUUUUAUAGGAUAUGAAAGGUUGAAGACGGAGUAUUCAACUCUGAGCAUAUUUGACUGAUUCGAAAAACGAACAUUGAACGACACGCAUCAUUAACAAAAAGCCCACUAAGCCAGAUAUCUGAGUGUAUUUAAGUGAGCUCCUUGCGGAGUUCAACAAUAAGAAAACUAACAUGUAUGAGACAAGAUUAUUAAAUUGUGAACGGAGUGAAUAUGCGGAAUGAACAUUUAGCCCUUUCACCACUGUAGACCAUAAUGGACACAUCCAGAUCAACGCAUGGUAGAGUCUACUAAAGUUACAUAGGGUUGAAAGGGUUGUGAAUUUUAAGCAUUUUCCUUGUCUGUUGGUCGUGUUAAAAGCAAAGGGUAUAUGUGUGUUUCCUACUGAAACAACAUGUACUUUAUAAACGCUGCGGGUAAAGAACAAUUAUGGUUGGAAUUCGUUCAGGAGUUAUUAACCAAUCACCAAGCGUUUAAUUAUUAUAUGGUGUUGUCGUUCGAAGAAACGUUACAACAUCCUUGAGCUGAAAUGUCGUCAUCGGUGCAAUAUCCGCAGGAAAGGUGAAAGCACAAAGAACGAUAACUGAUGUGAACUCUUUUUUAAGAUACAGCGUUUCAUUGAAGUGUUAUCUGGCGAGUGGUCACUGAACUAUCUUGUCCUAUAUUGUUUGUACUGACCAAUGAACUCAUGUUUUAAAUUUUAAUAUCAUGUCUCUCUAUUAACUACUGCGGUUUGUGAUAUCAUAGAAUUAUUGUGAUGUCCCUCUUGGAAUAUUGUAGUUAUUGUUCAAAAAUAUGAAAACAUAUAUAAAUAUAUAUCUAUACAUACUAUUUACAUAUAUAUAUAUAUAAAUGUAAUAUAAUUAUAUACAUACAUGUUUGUUUCUGUAACUCUAUGGACUCUUGAAUCUAUGUAAGUCUUACAAACGCCGGUUUGGAAUCAAUGAGACAAGUACUGUUGAGUUUCAAAGAGUUUCAAAGAGUUGGAAAGUAACAUUUCCGGAUAAUCCGAAUCCGGAUUAAGAUUAUAACUAUGUUAUGUACUUCCGCACAAUAACUUGCUCACCUGGCUGUAUCUCACAUUUCUAUGGUAACGGUUAGCACGUCACCAAAACCUUCAGACUAACUGCACUUUCUUGUGACUUACUCAAGAUUCUGGAUAAAAAUGUAAGAAUUCUAAAGAAACGAAACGGAUGAUUAAUUUUGGAUAAUCUUUUUUUCCACAUUUAAUGUAUAUCAGUGUCAUUUUUGCCUUGAUUUAUUCUGUCAAUUAUAUUUAUAUUUUUUAAUCAUAUGAUAAUUUUACAAAAUAGCUUUUUAAAUACAAUUUUUUUCGUUUUAAAUAUCAAAAUAAGUGGGGUUUUUUAAAAUAAAUCUAGGAUUAUUGAAAGACUUAAAUGGAACUUAAUUAUAUAUUAGCAUUUAGUUUUCAAACAAAUGACCAGCACCACGUGCCCAACACCACGUGUUUUAUGCUUUGAAUGGUCCAGCACUGUUUUAAUACGAACGUGCUCUCUGGAAUUGGAGUUUUCUUAAUACAAUUGGGUUCAGCUGUGAAAAUAUUUUUAGCUCAUUCAAACAUUUAUUCAGAGUUAUUUUGGCUUUAGAACGGUCAUUGUUCUUAGAUUAUUUUAGUGAACCUAACACUAUCACUGCAUUAAACACUGUGUUUAAUUAUAUUACUGCCAUAUUUAAAUUUGACUGUCUGCUAUGUUAGCAGUCGUUUCUGUUGUAACAUAACUAAUAGCACCAACGUUUUGUAUUUACACUAAUCAAUUGUUAAUUAGUACGCUGUUGCGUUUUUAUGUUUUAUUUCUUUUAAUAGAUUUAUACUGCUGAUACUCCCCUUCUUCCAAAUGCUUUAUUGAUUUUUUUAUUGUUUUCCAUCUUAUAAUAUAUGGAGUCGCAAUGUCGGUAUAUCAGUAACCCGUUAGGUUGAAUGAAUAUUGUUACACACUUUGAUAUAUUUUUCAUCCAUUUAAAAAGAAAGUAUUUUGAAAGCAGCAAUAUAAUUGAAUGAUUACAAAAAAUAAUCGUUAAUAACAAAAUAUUUAUAUUAUUUUAUUAUAAUAAAAAGAAAUUCUUACCAAGGAAAGUCGCCAGAGAUGAAUAUGUGCUCAGCAUAUAUAGUGAUAAUUGACAUUUAUAUAAAAGCAAGGAAAAGAUGGCCAUUCGAUUUUUUCAAAAAAGUUUCCUGAACAAGAGUGUUUUCAUCCUACACGAUUGAACCGGAAGUGCAUGGAAAAACCGGAAAUGUUACCGAGAUUAAUAUGACGAUCGGUUGUAUAUCAAUUACCCUCGUUAAAACAAUACACCCGGUUUUUGUAAACUGCUGCAUUUUUUUUUUAGUUUUAUUUUUAAAUUCUUAUUUUAUUGUUAGCAGUAAUCACUUGCAAUUCGUGUUCUUAAUUACGUUUAUUUAGUUUAUCUUCGUUUUUUUCAUGUCUUUUAGUGUCGUGAAUUUUUCGUUUUUUCUCUUUCUUUCUCACUUUCUUUUUCGUUUUUUGUAAGCGAAUUUACCUAAACUAACCGCUUAUUUUUAUUUCCACAUAUUACGAUUCCAAUUCUGUGACAGAUGUUUUUUCUCAAAUAAUUCCUGUUGAGAAUGAUCAGUUUAAUUCAAAAUCACAACAAUUAAAUGUUUUUUUCUGAAAGAACCUAUGUAAAAAAAUCAUAAAAAAGCUGAAGAAGUAUGAGAAACGUUACUCUAAACAAGCAACUAGAGAAAGAGUAGAAUUAUAUAAGGAAUAUACGUUUGAUUUUUUUAUUUCUAUAAAUGAGUUAGAUAUCUUUUUGAUGCCAAGUCGUUCUCGACAUUCAAGGGGUUAUGUUCACUUUCGUUCUCGGCAUCCAUUGUACAACAAUGAUGCCUGUGUACGCGGCACCUUGUGGAUAAGACAUCAAACAUAAUCACAGGUAAGCGUAGCAUUAAGAUUCACUCACGUUGAAGUCGUGUGAUGCUACGGAAAGCCUAGCGCUUGGGUCAGUAUUUGUUGCCAAAGACAAGCCAUUCAGAUUGAUAUGUCUCGCCUGUGCCCAUCACUUUGACCAUCACUGCACAUAUCAGAGAAACUAACUUAAACGAAAACUAAAUGUCAACGAAGAUGCUUACAAAGUCAAUGGCCCAUGACUACUUCGUGGCGGCAAGACAAAAAUGAGCCGCGUGCCUUCAAUUUUGUCAUAGCAUAUUCUAGGGGUGGGGAGAACGUUUAGUUAGUGUAACCCCUGGAAUUAUGAGGAUAAUGCCAAGUGGGCAAACUGCUGCCAGCUCUGUUACAACGAGUGUAAAUUUCAAUCAGUGAGUAUAUAUAUUUACACCAACUAGGUGUUAAUAUAUUUACACCAACUAGGUAAUAUUUUAUUUUUCUUUUUUUUUUUUUUUUUUUUUUUUUUUUUUUUUUUUUUUUUUAUGCUUUCAUUUAUGAAUCAUAUUUUCUCACACUAAUUUUUGUUAUUUAACCUCUAUUUUUUCUAUCACACCACUGCUGAUUGCGCAAUAUUUUAGAAGAAUAUAUAUAUAUAUAUAUACGGGCACGUAACUGGUAGCACAUCUUUUCCUUUUUAAACAUGUUAAUGUAAUUGAUUGCUAUGAUGUUUUUGGAAUAUGCCUAGAAGUGCGCAAUUGUAUUUGUAAGAUAAGUUAUUAAUUUAACUGUCUCGCCUUGUUUAUGAAAACAAUACGGUUCGUAUGUUGGUUUUGUGUAUUACCUGUGCGCGGAACCAUGCAUAAUGCUAUAUAUCACGUGACUUAGUUGUAUUAAUGCGACAUGUUUGAGCAGUUAUUUCCUCUGGUCACACUUAACGAGUAUAAACCCGUGCACAUAUGCACUUAAAGUCGUAAAAUAUUCGUAAGCAAACCGUCAAACUGAUUAAAUUCAGGAAGAGGAGUUUAUAUUACUGUGUUUCAUGUUAUUGUUUUCUGAUCAAUUUUUUCUUUUCUUUUGCGAAAAUUAUGAAUAUUUACCUCUUAUUAUGAUUUCAGUUAAUUAAUUUAUUUUUCAUUAAUGCUAAAAUAUGUAUCUCGAUACAAGUGAUUCACAGUUUAUGGGUAAAAUAUUCUGAGACGGUUUUGUUUUUUGUGUGACCCUAUUACCGCGCUAUCUAAGUGGUUUGCCUUAAACAGAUUUGAUGACAGCAAGUUACAUUUUCACUUCACACACAUAUAUAUAUACAUGUCUGUGUCAACCACGUGAUGUCACCAUGUUAAAUAUGGGCAUGCACAACUAAUAACUCCGCAGGUAAAGGUUCAUAUGAAAUCCAUACAAGGAUGCAUGGUACUGGCACGGUUCGCUGUGCAUCUGGAAAAGGAUUUUGUUUUGAGAGUAUAAUACUUUUUAGAUUAACUGUCCACAACGAAACCCAGUACGUAGUGGUAGAACUUUGUAGGCCAGAUGAACUAAAUUACUUUUUGUUUCAGUACAGAAAUGCAUCGCGUAUUGUAUUAAAAGGUUUGUUCAUCAAUUUACAUGUAGUAUUUGUAUUGGGAAAAACACGGAAAAGGUUGUUUACAAAAACGUAACUCCAUAAAUUAUCAAAAUAAUAUACAGUGCUCAUUCAAAGGAUCUGGAGUAAAUUGUUAAAUGUGUCUGAUGACAAGUAAUCGACUCGAUUGUUAGGUUUAAAUAAUUACUAUUAAUAAUGAUUUUCUUUAGUCACUUUAGUCUAUUAUUACGAAAUAUAAUUGUUAUUCGCAUUAUGUCCGUUUGAUAAAUAAUAUGAAGAUUUGCAUUAGUAUUGUACCCUUAUGUUUCAACUAAGAUAAAUUAUAUUAUAAUUCUAUAAAUAAC